CUCGGCUCCGCAGAUCGAGAUCUCGAUCUCAAAUCGGGCAGCGCAAAGCGUUGCGCAGGUAGCUCGUCCGGGUGCGUUCGCCUGCGCAGUGCUCGUCGGGCAGCACCAGGAUGGAGGCCAGAGAGCCACGAGCCGAGUGUGAUGAGCUCCUUGCCGUGGUCCAGCGGGCCGUCGGGGACGACGCGGCGCCGCGGUGCACAGCAGCCCUCAUGGCCCAGGGCGUGAGCGCUGUCGUGGAUUGGUUUGUCCUCGAGACCGCCGACGAGGACCUCUGCCGCGAUCUGCUCUCGGACGUCGCCGCGGCGGAGAAGCUGACGCGGGUCCAGGUCGCGAAGCUGCGCCUCGCGUUGCGGGGUCAGAGUGCGCGGUUUUACCCGGCUCGCCUAAGCGACGAGGAAGGCGAGCGGCGGCCGCUGUGGAGCUCGUUCCGUCGAUAUACGCUGCCGAACCCGCUCGAGGUCGCCUUCGUCUUCACGAAUCGGCCGGGCUGGUACCGCGCCGUCUUCGACGCGCUGGACGGCCACCGGCUGCGCGAGGCGUACAUGGAACAGUCCCAGAUAUUCAUGCUCGUGUCCGCACUCCUGCUGGGCGGUUUGCUCACCUUGAUCGCCUUCGACCUGGGCCGCGACCAGGCGCGGGGACCGCCGCUGCACAUCAUUUGCCUCUCGCUCAACCUGAACGCCUUCUUCACCGCGUUUUGCGCCGUGCUGUUCCAGCUCUACGCGCUCCACGUUUAUCUUCCGGUGCACGUCGACAACCUGCGCGACGCCCUCCGGAGUACACAGAUGCUUCCCGUGCGGAGCAGUGCGCAGAUCAAAUUUCGCUGCCCGUGGCUGAAUCAUGACCUGCACGCCAUCGACGCGACGCGCACGCGACUCACUGGUCGACUCGCACACAGAUGACCGGGGGCCUCUACUUCGCGAUGAGCGCAUGGGGAAUGUUCCUCGGGCUUUUGUUCGAGGCGAUGAGGCCUAUGCAGGGCCUGGACGUCUGGCUGUUCCGGGAGCGGGACUUGGGCUGGGGCUGGCGCAUGGUGCCGGUCAUCUCGCUGGCAUCCGGCUUCGCGUUCGUGACGAUUCCCUUCUUCAUCCAAAUCUCGGGGGCGGCGCGAAUCAUCGCUCACUCCGGGGCGCUCGCGGAGCGGCCGGUGCUGCCGCCGGAGGCGAUUUCCUGGUCGUCGACGGCCGCCAAUCGCUCGCUCGCCGCGGUCGCCCUCUCGCAGCCCAACUGCGACCUCAAAGAGCUUUAUAGGCGCCACCAGCGAGUAUCUUCCGCCGUCGAUGCGCAAAUGGCGAACACUGCCACGCGCGGCGCUCGACUCAUGCGCAGGGCCAAACAGCGCCCCUAGGUAAACAGAGCUAUCAUAUAUACAG